AUGCCGCCACCGCCGCUGCAGGUGGGUCGGAGCCCGAGGCCGUCAGGGUUUCCGGGAGGCCCGGGAGGUGGUGAGGGAGGCUGCGAGAAGGUUCUAAGCGGGGAGCGCCGACCCGAGGAGAUGUCCCCACCCCGCGGUGUCAGUGAUGCCUCCUCUGGCCUCUGGGGACAUUCCGCYCGUAUGUGUCUGCAGCUCAGCAGCCCAGUUCCGCUAGAGCACUUACAGCAUUUUGUGCUCCAUCAUAAUGAGUCAAUGUCUUGGUUCCUGUUGUAUAAAGUAGAUGAGGUUGCAAAGAUGUGGUUAGGUAACCUUUUUGUUUUCUGUUUUUCUAAUGCAAUAGAGAUCAAAGGCGGAAGAGAAAAUCAAACUUGGUAUUUGAAGAUAUCAAAACUAGCAUUGGCUUUUGCAAUUAUCCACUCAAAACCACCAGGGAAGAGUUCCAAAGAAUACACAAAGUUCCUUGCCAAAACUGUAUCCGAGCAAGAUUUUGGAUGGAAAUGGAAAGUGGAAGUGCUGGAAGCUGAAGUUCUUCGAUUACGACAGGAACUUCUUUUGAACAGGAUCUCUCCAAGAUUCUGCUUGGAAAAUAGAAAACGGGACACCUCUGCGGAAACUCUUCUGGGCCAUGAAUCUAUAAACCCUACAAGUUACUCAAGCCAGCUAGAAGACUCUGGAUGUGAUGUCGCUAAUGACUCUGCRUUUGAUUCUUUGGGCUUAGCUUCAGAGUUUCAACAAUUUGAGCAUAAUGUCAACACUUCUAAGCAUUGGUUUGAAAGAGCUCCCCCACUGAAUCUUUGCCAAACUAGCAAGGAGCAAUCUCUGACUGCUGCAGUGCAGUUUUUGCAGCAUUUGCUUGAAAUAAAAAAACUGUCAGAAGGAGGAAUUCUUCAAGCAGACUUCUCAGAGCUUGAGAAUGAUUCUUUCACCAUAUGCAAUUCGGUAUCUCAAUUGCUUGAUGGGCUGACUGUUUUUUACAACAGUCCUAAGUUCCCAGCUCCAAGUUUCCUUACUGAAGCAGUUAGUGUUUUGAUCAAUUUAAUAACUGAUACUAAAUUAUCUAAUCAUGUUUUGAAAAAGUGUUUCAAGAAGAUGGAAGAAUUCAAGAAAAMUCUAAUUCAAAUUAUUUUAAGAAAUAGGAGUGUCAAUAGGUUUCAGGCACUUCAUUUUGUAUCGCAAACACUGGAUUUGCUAGGAAGGAACAACAUACUAAGAAAUUCUUUAAUAUCACUUCUCCUGCUGGAAGUCCGUCAGUUUGCUGAGCAGUUGUUGCAGGCUCUCCAGGUCCAGUCUGGGUAUGACRUUACUCAGUAUGAGAAUAUUUUUCCUCUGUGCAUGAUUCUGGAACAACUUCUUCAAAAUGAGACACAAGAAAGUAACAUUUCAAGCUCAGACUAUGAAGGAGAAGAAAAAAUCAAAUUUCUGGAGAACCUUGAUCAAAUUAUUCUUCAUCUCUCAGAUGAAUUCCCUUUGUUUUCUUUAUAUUUAUGGAGAGUGAGUGUUCUUUUGAACUCAGGUCAAAUGCAAAUUGAUUAAAACAAGCAGCCUACUCUUUAACAGUGCAUUUGUUGUGGGAUUUCAUUGGAGCCAGACAGGGAAAUUGUGGUUAUUGGAAAACAUUUACUUGAAACUACUAUUCUAUACAGCAGUUUCAGAGAUAAUGCAAUUUAUUCCCAAUUUUGAAUACAGAAAAAAUGUAAUAA